CCGCUGUUUCCGUUUCGGCGCGGGGCGGUUCCGGUUCCGGUUCCGCUGAGGCGAAGAUGGCGGCGGUGCUGGCGGCGCGGGCGAUGCUGAACGGCGCGGGGCCGGCGGAGCAGGCGGCGGCCCUGCUCCGUGAUUACCGCUCCCAGCCGCGGCUCACUUACAGAACAGUAUCAGGUGUGAAUGGUCCCCUGGUUAUCUUGGAUCAAGUAAAGUUCCCCAGGUACGCUGAGAUUGUCCACUUGACUCUUCCCGAUGGCACAAGAAGAAGCGGGCAGGUUCUGGAAGUCAGCGGCUCCAAAGCUGUGGUUCAGGUAUUUGAAGGAACUUCAGGUAUCGAUGCCAAGAAAACCUCUUGUGAGUUCACUGGGGAUAUUCUCCGCACCCCUGUCUCCGAGGAUAUGCUUGGCAGAGUAUUUAAUGGAUCGGGAAAACCCAUUGACAGAGGCCCCAUUGUUUUGGCUGAAGAUUUCCUUGACAUAAUGGGUCAGCCAAUCAAUCCCCAGUGUCGAAUCUAUCCAGAAGAAAUGAUUCAGACCGGCAUUUCUGCUAUUGACGGUAUGAACAGUAUCGCCAGAGGGCAGAAAAUCCCCAUCUUCUCAGCUGCUGGCUUGCCCCACAAUGAGAUCGCAGCUCAGAUAUGUCGCCAAGCUGGCUUGGUGAAGAAAUCCAAAGAUGUGAUGGACUACAGUGAAGAAAACUUUGCCAUCGUGUUUGCUGCUAUGGGUGUGAACAUGGAAACUGCUCGCUUCUUCAAAUCUGACUUUGAGGAAAAUGGGUCCAUGGACAAUGUGUGUCUGUUCCUGAAUUUGGCCAAUGAUCCAACCAUUGAGCGCAUUAUCACACCUCGUCUGGCUCUAACAACAGCAGAGUUCCUGGCAUAUCAGUGUGAGAAGCACGUGCUGGUCAUUCUGACAGACAUGAGCUCCUAUGCUGAAGCUCUGCGAGAGGUGUCUGCAGCCAGAGAGGAGGUGCCUGGCCGUCGUGGCUUCCCGGGUUACAUGUACACCGACUUGGCUACCAUAUAUGAGCGCGCUGGGCGUGUGGAAGGCAGAAAUGGUUCCAUUACUCAGAUUCCUAUUCUUACCAUGCCAAAUGAUGAUAUUACUCACCCUAUCCCUGACUUGACUGGAUACAUCACUGAGGGACAAAUCUAUGUGGACAGGCAGCUGCAUAACAGACAGGUUUACCCUCCUAUUAAUGUCUUGCCCUCCUUGUCUCGACUGAUGAAAUCGGCUAUUGGAGAAGGGAUGACCAGAAAGGAUCAUGCAGAUGUGUCCAACCAACUGUAUGCCUGCUACGCUAUCGGAAAGGACGUGCAGGCUAUGAAGGCUGUAGUUGGCGAGGAAGCUCUUACCUCGGAUGAUCUUCUUUAUUUGGAGUUCCUGCAGAAGUUUGAGAAGAACUUCAUUGCUCAGGGUCCUUACGAAAAUCGCACUGUUUACGAGACCUUGGACAUCGGAUGGCAGCUUUUGCGAAUCUUCCCCAAGGAGAUGCUGAAGAGAAUUCCUCAGUCAACGCUGGCCGAGUUCUAUCCUCGGGAUUCCACAGCCAAACACUAGCCACAGCUUCCUAGAACUCCUUGCUCUGUGAAAUGCUGUUUGUUUUCUUUUUUUUUCAUGUGUUGGUGUUUACUUGUCGCCCUUACAGUUAAAACCGAGAGUAGGUGACAGUUGUGCCAGUGUUCCAAUGUGCACUGCUACCAGUUUUUAAAAUAUCCCUUCUUCCAAAGCCUGGAUCUUCAGGAAACUUUUUAGGCCAGCUCUUACAAAUGUGCAAUAGCUUUCCCCAAGCGUGAGUUGUUUUUGAACUGGACCUUUUGUAGGCAUUUCAAGGGAGUGUGAGGAUUACCAGCCAUUGCAAAUCCUUACUUGUAAACCAGGAACACGUGGUUUAGAAAACAUGAAAGAGCAAACGUGACUUCCUUUGUGCAAAGCAUCUGCUCGCGCUGAUGACGCGGUUGCUGUGCUGCUGGUAGAACAGAUGGCUCUGCUGUCCUGCUGGGGUGCCUGAAGCCCAGGCUAAUGCGGGAAGCGUGGUGCAUGACAAGUACCUUUCUGAAAGUGCAAGUCACUGAUUUUUGACUAGAGAUUCCGAUUCCUGAAGGUGUGCAUGAUCUGAGGACACCAGUAAGGCACCCCAGGUGUUUUUUCCACCUUUUCAGAGGUCACAGGCCAGUGGAUUGCUACCUGAUAAGGCUUAGUUACUGAAUUCAAGGUUUUAAGUUGAGGUUUGCAGAGUAAAUUUUCUACUUACCUUAUUUUUCCUUUGAAUUCUGGAAAUGCCAGGGACACAAACCAGCAGCUAAAGCAUUCCGAGAUCGGUGGUGUUCCAGUGGGCAUAACUGUCAGGAAUUCGAGGCUUUGUGCUGCUGAUGAAGAGGAUGAUGCGAGGUAUUUGAAACCUCUUCCAGCUGACAGGGUUGUGCUGGUGGGAGGUUGGCAUUUCAAGUGUGUCUGAACAAAAGGAUGCAGCGGGAGAAAGCAAGGAAGGUGCAUGAAUGGGUAUUUUGAAUUCUGUUACAGCGCAAUCUCCGGGUGGCACUGGGUCCUGAGCCAUGUUUGGAGCUGUUGUGGUUUGCACUCCAGGCACAGAUUUAGCAACCAGGAGAGCUCAACAUUCCCGAACACUGCAAACUUGGUUACUUGAUUCUGUGUUGAUUUUGCCAAAUGGGUUCAGAUGAGGCUCUGAGCCCAGUGCUGGCAGGCUUUCUCACUUUCUUCCCAGGCUUAAUGUAGUCUAAGCUCUGGUCUCGCUAACCAAAGCAUGUUGCACCUCUCUGAACGCCCUCGGUGCUUGUCUGGGAAGGUGCUAACGUGAUGCGAAUGGCAGUGUACUAAUUCCAGCUUUCCCUGACGUCUCCUCUGUGCAGUUCUCUCUCUAGUUUGUUCAGUGUUCUCUGUAACUUGAGCGGAAUAGCAACUUCAUCCGGUGCAUUCCACCCUAAAGCUGUGUCAAGUCUAUUUUUCUGGAGGUGGGGAUGGGCAGUUGGAAGUGUUGGCACGAGAGUACUUUAAUGUAGAGAAUAUCUAAAUAAAAUAUGGAAGGUGUUAAACAAAA